AUCAUCAGUUUUGGAAUUUAUUAUCAGUAAAUGAACCAAGGUGAUCUUCCUGAGGCCAAUUUAAAAUCUAAUUCAAAUUAUUUUAAUUAUUAAACAAUAAGAUGUCUUCCCUUUACGUUUAAUUCAACAAGCAUAAAGAACAGCAUAAAUUUUAAUUAUCUGAGAAUAAUUAGGAACACAUUUCUUUCCUAUCACUCUUAGGGCCAAAUCACAUUUCUAAAGUGAAACCUAAUCUAAGAACUUUCCAAUACAAUAUCAUAUAAUUAGGUAAUUUAAAAAUAUAUUUUGAAAAUGAAAUCUCUAAGCAUCAUUCAUUAACAGACUCUGAUAUUCCCUUCAGUCACUGUCAUGGCUAAGAAAGCAACUCCAACCCACACACUGCAAAUAUGAAGGACCACGAAAGGCACGCAGGCUCUGGUUUGCGUAGUGAAGAUGAGCGACCAUGUUCCUAAGCAUGAAGGACCACGAAAGGCACGCAGGCUCUGGUUUGCGUAGUGAAGAUGAGCGUCCGUGUUCCUAAGCAUGAAGGAGGACCACAUGAGUAUCCUGGACACCUACUGCAUGAAUGUAUUCGCCCUUUCAGGUCUAGGGACCUGGUAACCAUUUAUUAUUUGUACUCUGAUUUUCUUCCAUUUCUGUCUCCAGUCCAUAAAUGUAACUUAAGUGACUUAUUAACACUGAUGGUUUGAUCACCAAUAGCAAGUUCCAGUUUCAGUCUUAGUGUAGGUGCCCUUAUUACAGACUUGAGAUAAAGUCCAGGGCUAACCACUCUUACAAAUUUACACUUUGCUAAAGGGUACCUUGGGACAGAGGGAGUGCAGAGCAGAGAAAACCUACCUGUGCAACUGAGAAGGCCGCUCAGGCCACGGGGACAGGGCAGGAAUGCUCUCAGGAGUGUCCCCUGCACCUGAACUUGAUUUCACGCCAUCACCUUCCGCCUCUUAACCAGCAUCUCCUGGACAGUCAGCCGAGUGUUUCCAUGAUACCAGCCAUACCUGAUGCCAGGAGACUCGCUACACUUGGAAGCUCUUCAAGGCAUGCUUAUCUUUGUGAACUGAAUCUUGGAGAAGGAGGAUUGAAAAUAAGAGCUAUCUUUGAGGCUCUAACACCUACAAGAGACACCCUCCCUCUCCACCGUGGAUCACCUGUCUCACCCAUGUGAGUCUCCACACAGAAACCAGUCAUGGCCCUGCCUUUGCCCCCCUUGAAAUCACCCAAGAGGAUGCUUCAAACUCAGGCAAGCACAACUGAUACUCACUCUGCAUGCGACAGCAGGGGAGUGACCUUACAAGAAACUAAUGGGCCUCGCUUCCUGAGAAUCACUGUCAGAGCCCGUAACAUAAGAUAAAUCACAGCCAAGGAUUUUUGAAAAGUUUCCUGAUGAGAGAACCAUGACCUUUUCAAGGGUAGUGAUGGAUUGAUCAGGGCAAGCAAUAGGUAGAUUUUUUAAAACAAGCCUGGCAAAAAAACAAUGAUAUAUAUCUACCAAAGUUGGCUAGAAUACCUGGCUGAUAUCCCAGUCAGGAAACAUAGGAAAAGGUUACAUCCGUAGAAAAAAAACCAGCUUGUUAAGCAAAACAAUGCAGUUAAAAACCAAGCUCACUGUAAGAAAUGCCACGUGGGCCAGUGGGGACGGCCAUGCCGAAAGCGCUAAGUGCUCCUGAAGCUGGGUGGCAGGUGUUUUCACACACAAAGGCCUUCCUUGCUGGGGCCAUGGGAUAAGCCUUUGAGUGGAGACUAGCAAGGAGCUUUGAAGUCUGCAUUGGGGGUGGAAGGUGGCAAUCCCAUUAGACAGCUCUCCCUGGUGUGAAUUUAUGAAGCCCCAUGCAGACUGUGACUUUUAAAAUAAUCACUUAGUUGGUUUUAGCACAUAUCGCAGGUUUCAUUACAGGCUGCCCCUUAACGAGCAUUGUAACCUGGAGGAAAGAAUCCAAAUUCUUUAGUCACCACCUAACUCCACAUUCAUUACCUUGUUGCCCAGGGUGGAGUCCAAAAGCAGCAACUAUGUUUAUUUCUCCAUAGAAAACAAACGUUCACCAAGGCACGUCUGUUCUAUUACUUUUUUAUUCUUAACUAGACCGUUAAUAUAAUUGUUGGUUGCAUUGAUUUCAACUUCCCCACACGAUGCAAUCGGCUUUCUGCCGUAUUUCAAUCACACUAACCAAGAGAGACAUCAGACGUUCAAAAUAGACUCUGGACCAAAACCGAGGGCAGGGGAGAGGUGAGCGGGCCAGGCACAGCUCUGCUGAAGCACUGGUUUGACAUGUCGAGUUGAAGUGUUUCUACUCAAAACACCUGUCUCCCUGCCAAGGUGAAGGCUAGAUGGUAAAAAAGAAAGUUCCCUUUUUUCUGAUAAACUAGGCUCUCUCCAUAGGAAGUGCCCUGAAGGCCCCCAGCUCCGACUCCGAGAGCAGAGCCCAGACUCUCCUACUUUGAACGGACAUGAGCUCUAUGCCUCUUGGGGUUUCUCUGCCUGCCCAGUCACCCUGGAUAACGUGCUUGCCCUAGAUUGUCUCCUAGGCCAAGUCCUCUCCAAGUUCUUGGCCCUUUGUCCUAAGGUUGUAUCUCUUCCUCUCUCUUCCCUUGCUCCGAGGUGUGUCUCUGGAUACACCCCCUGCAAACUACGCUUCCUGAGCUCGGCUGGCAUCUGGCUGUGUUCAGCAAAUGGGAAGCCCAGACAGGGGACCGGAGACCAGGAAGACGGGAGAACAAGGAGAUUUCUCCUCCUUCAGCAGCCGCAGCAGCAACGGCGUGUCCUCCACAGUUAACUGGAAGAAAAAGCCUGAGUCCUGGUCUCCUCCUGGAUUGCCAAAGGGUCUUCUUCUUAGACAUGUAAAUACACAAAUAUUCGCAUUUUUUAGUAACCCUUUAAAGAUUUAACUGCCGGAAUUUAACACCAGUAAAAACAAAUGUAGCAAUAUGAAAUUGCAACUCACUGAGGGCAUUACGAUUCAGAAAGUGAAGAAAUGCGGGGCCAGCUCCAGCCGCAGCGCGCCUGUCCCCGAGUCCGGCCGCAGCGCACCUGUCCCCAGAUGUCCACCUCUAAGGCAGUGUUCUUCAACACGCACCACGCGCAUCCUCAGCUGGGCAUUUCCAGAGGGAGCAAGUCUCUGAGAGGCAGGUCUAGCGCUAAGCUUUCAACAAGUCGCAGGCUAUACUUCCGAACACAAAGAAAUGAGAAUGACUUCACAUCUCAGCAGAGCCAAAAGCAGUAGACAAAUAAGCAACGAUGAGAUUUGUUUUUUUUUUUCUUCCCUCUUUCCGGACACUCACUCCUGCCUCCCAUCGUACCGUCCUGGAAACAGGAAGAAGGUGUGUAUCUUGGUACAAGCAUCAACUAUGCACAGGUCCACUUUAAUAGGGGAAAGGACAGGGAGUGAGAUAAAGAAAUAUGAUGCGAUGUCUCCAAAAGAGGAACAUUACACUGGGAACAUCCAUACACGGUUCAAAAUUGUAUCCAUAUUUAGUUAUUACUUAGAAAUCAUCAAGGAAAUAAAUGCUUUCUUUUUUUUUUUCUAGGACUUCUUUUAAGAGAGGUUAGGGAAAGCUUUCAGUUAUAUUUUCUGUCACCUUCUGCAAUUUUAAAUUGGAUGAAAUAGUGGGAGACUUUGUUUUUAUGGCUUUCUUCUUUCAACUAUUGUAACAAACAGCUACCUAUGCUUAGCAUGCUUAAAGGCUGGAUGGGACCAUCUCUAUAUUAUGGCCCAAACAAAAUUGGCUUCUGGAACAAGUGUGGCUGUUUUGAACUCGAUCCUCUUGAGUCGGAGAUGAGGUUGACAGAGGGAGGACCAACUGUGUAUAAAGCUCCUUUAGGGAAUAUCCUGCUAAUGUGAUCUACAUUUCAAAGUGGAAACCAAAUAUUCACUGCCACUGGAGUCUUGAUAUUUCUGGGAUUAUCAAAAGUACUUUCCUCUGACACAGGAGAUAUCAUAACUUGACUUGGGGUUGAAUUCAAAUGCUGCCACAAAAUAGCUGUGCAUGACACCUCAUCUUUUUUUCAUCUUUAAGAUGAAGUCCUGAAAUUUCAGGACACUUCCAACUUCAAAACGUUCAUUCCAUGCAACAGAAAGGCAACACGUUGAUGACUCCUGUCCUGAAUCAUAUUCUAUCUUGUACCUUUCUAUCAGUCGGUAAAACUGCAGAUGCUGACUUAGACAACAAGCUUUAUAUCAUUGACUACCAAACAAUGUCAGGUUGAACUUUGUACGGAGGGGUAGGUUGGUAAACACCUGGCCAGUGCGGUGAAGUGUGGCUGGUGUUGGAGGGAAAGGAAGAGGAGACGACAGUCACAUUAGGAAGCUGCUCUGCCCUGAGAUGAGCUCAGUGAUUCACAAAACGCCAUCGCCAAACCUGGCACCUACUGCCAGUCCCCAGUGACUCCCCGGGUAAUAAAGAAAUUCCAGGGCUCUUAAGAGUCAUCGUCUGUUUGAGGGGUAGCUCUAAUGUGCCUAGAUCUAAACAGAACCACUUAAAAUGCCGACAGAAUAGAGAAACCUGUAGUGGAAUCCCCUGACUUCCCAGCUUUCUAGGGCCUGCUCUGAAGAUUCUGGUCCUGGUCCCCACCUACAGCUAAGAAUAGAUUUCAGAGGUCGAGGCAGGUGGAUCACGAGGUCAUGAGAUCGAGACCAUCCUGGCUAACACCGUGAAACCUCGUCUCUACUAAAAAUACAAAACAUUAGCUGGCUUGGUGGCGGGCGCCUGUAUUCCCAGCUACUCGGGAGGCUGAGGCAGGAGAAUGGCGUGAACCCAGGAGGCGGAGCUUGCAGUGAGCCCAGAUCUCGCCACUGCACUCAAGACUGGGAGAGAGAGCAAGACUCCAACUCAAAAAAAGAAUAGAUGUCAGGUGGGCACAGGAUCCAAACUGUGGACUAAAGUUGCCAUUAGAAGCUUGCUCUGAAAUUGCUUUACAAUCCUGUACUCUUUCUAUCCACCAAUUUUGACACCAAUGGAAUAUGAAACUUUACGUUUAAACUCAGUAUCACCCUUUCAUGUGAAUUCAGAAAUUCCAAGUUGGUGAUCAUUUUUAUGUGACGUUAGCAACAAUUAAACUAACGUCUCUUUGCCUGGACUUCUUUUCCAGAAAGUGUCCUAUGUGGUGGAGGGUGGAGGAGUGAAAGGGGGCUAGGAAGAGAGUGUCUAAUUUAGUCUUGAAAUAAUACAGUGGCUUCAAUACUGUUGUGUACAGGGAUCUUUACUGUUUUACAUAUUAUUUCACAUGUACAUGGGCUCAAUUACUUUUGAAACAAAUUAGCCAAAAAAGACAACUGAUGCUUAAGCCUAUCACUUAGCUAAAUACGUGUAAGAAUAGCUGUAGCCAAAAAAGACAACUGAUGCUUAAGCCUAUCACUUAGCUAAAUACAUGUAAGAAUAGCUGUAUUUCAAUAGGCAUGAAGACAAGAAUAAGGAUGAGAUCAUGUCCUUGGGUGAAGCAAAUUUUGGCUUAGUUCUCUAUUGAAUAUUUUAUCAGAGGAAUCAAAAAGUUGAGAAGAUUCUGUUCUGCCAUGUAAACUAAAAGCCACCCAGUAGAUGAGAAAUUGAAAACCACAAAGCUUGGGGAAAAAAAUGAAUGCUUUAGAGCACAAAUUUUUCCAUUAAAUUAUGCCAAUAAACUUAGGACCUUGAAAGUUACUAUGCUUAAAUAUAUUUCAAAAGGAAGAAAAUGCUCUUUUCAAAGUAGGGACUAGAAAUUGAAUGUAUAGAGUAGCAAGAUUUUUUAAUUCCACUAGCAUAAAUAAACCAAUUUAUUACUUCCUAUUAAUUCAAUAUCAAUCUGUUUGAAUUGAAUGUACAUUUAUUAAUAUAGAAGAUACCUUUGCAAAUUACUCAAAAUAAAAACAAGCCUAGGUAUAUGACUAUCUCUAUAUUUUCUAAGCUUUCCAGAUGCAUACUUGUUUUCCCACUGGUUGUGUGAGAAUACCAAACAUUAAUUGAGGGUUGUUAUAUCAAAAAGAGUAAGAACAACUCCUGAGAUUCGAAAGCCAUGGGAAGUUGCUGAGCUCAAGUAUUCAUCUCAUACUAGUCAAAGUUAGGGAUAGUAGAAGAGGAGGGGUUGGGUUAAAGUGUAGGACCCCAUUUUGCUGCAAUGAUUGGAAGCUCCUAAUUAACAGGAAGUAUGGAGGGGAAUAAAGUGAACUUAUCAUGGGGACCCUGGUGUUCCCUGUAGUGCUUUCUCCUCCUCUCUACUGGACACUCUUUUUCUUCUUUGUCUUUUUCCAUUCAAUAAAAGCAAGCCAUUUAUAUGAUUCAAUAGACUGUGGAUUGAGAAUCAGAAUUUUGGAGUUGUUAGUAAUUAACAAAGUAAUUAUCCAAGCAUUUAAUUUCACUGGACAUGAUAGCAGUUGAAAUGAUGAUUUCUUGUUAUUUCUUGAUUCUACAUUUAAAGCACAUUACUGUCCCAUUUUAUUUCAAGGAAGAAUAAAAUAGGAGAGAGAAAUAUAAAGCAAAGGGAAAUGAAGAAAGAAGCUUAAAAUGAAAUGUGAGACAUAAUCCCAGGAUUAUCUUCAGAAAAAUUCUUAAAUCUUAGUUUGGUUGUGUACAGGUUAAUCUAUGUAGACCCUCCUUCUGGGAUUUUCUUAUCUGUAAUAGAAAUAUUGAUUCCACUAUGACCUCUGUCUCUCUUGGCUGUUAGAACUCCAGAUGCCAAUAAUGCAGGAAAAGGCACAAAGUGAACAUCUUUGUCAAGAGCCAUGGAUACAGCAACCGCUCACUAUAUGGUGAAGGGAAUACCCUUCUCUGUAGCUAAAAGAUGACUCAAUUUCUAAGUUGUUAUUUCCACCCAAAUAUCACAUUCUUCCAACUUUCCAUCAUCAUCCACUCCUACCCCAGUGCAAUUUAUGCAAAUGUCAGCACCCUACACCACCCCUUUCCUACACCAACCCUUUCCUACACCAAACCUUUCCUACACCAACCCUUUCCUACACCUCCCCUUUCCUACACCAACCCCUUCGUACACCAAAUCUUUCCUACAUCAACCCCUUCCUACACCACCCCUUUCCUACAACACCUCUUUCCUACACCAAACCUUUCCUACACCACGCCUUUCCUACACCAAACUUUUCCUAUACCACCCCUUCCCUACACCACCCCUUUCCUACACCAACCCUUGCCUACACCAACACUUUCCUGCAACACCCUUUCCUACAACAUCCCUUUCCUACACCACCCUUUCCUACACCACCCCUUUCCUACACCACCCUUUCCUACACCACCUCUUUCCUACACCACCCUUUCCUACACCACCCCUUUCCUACACCACCCUUUCCUACACCACCUUUUCCUACACCACCCCUUUCCUACACCACCCUUUCCUACACCACCCCUUUCCUACACCACCCUUUCCUACACCACCCCUUUCCUACACCACCUUUUCCUACACCACCUUUUCCUACACCACCCCUUUCCUAUACCACCCUUUCCUACACCACCCCUUUCCUACACCACCCUUUCCUACACCACCUUUUCCUACACCACCCCUUUCCUAUACCACCCUUUCCUACACCACCCCUUUCCUACACCACCCUUUCCUACACCACCUUUUCCUACACCACCCCUUUCCUAUACCACCCUUUCCUACACCACCCCUUUCCUACACCACCCUUUCCUACACCACCCCUUUCCUACACCACCUUUUCCUACACCACCUUUUCCUACACUACCUCUUUCCUACACCACCCUUUCCUACACCACCCUUUCCUACACCACCCUUUCCUACACCACCUCUUUCCUACACCACCCCUUUCCUACACCACCCCUUUCCUACAACACCUCUUUACUACACCAAACCUUUCCUACACCACGCCUUUCUUACACCAAACUUUUCCUAUACCAUCCCUUCCCUACACCACCCCUUUCCUACACCAACCCUUGCCUACACCAACACUUUCCUGCAACACCCUUUCCUACAACAUCCCUUUCCUACACCACCCCUUUCCUACACCACCCCUUUCCUGCACCAACCCUUUCCUACACCAACCCUCUUUUCCUGCCUGCUCAUCAUUCCCUCUUACACGUGUGUGGUCUCAUUCACCCUGUGCUCCACUCCCUAUCCCUAUCCCUCACAUGAUCUAACUUACAUACCAGGACUCCUUCUCUUUCACAUGCCCCAAUCCUUCCACCAUCCCCACCCAAAUCACCUCCCUCAAUAAAUACACAGAAGUUGGC